AUGGAUCGACAUGGAAAGAUCAUCUUCUAUGAGGACCGAAAUUUUCAGGGUCGCUACUUUGAGUGCAGUAGCGACUGCCCCGAGCUGAGCUCCCAUUUCAGUCGCUGCAACUCCAUCAGGGUAGACAGUGGGGCGUGGGUCAUCUACGAGCGACCCAACUACAUGGGCUCACAGUAUGUCUUGACAAAGGGGGAGUAUCCCGACCACCAGCGCUGGAUGGGCUUCAAUGACAUCAUUAAGUCCUGUCGUCUUAUCCGAAACACUUAUGGCAUUUACCGCCUCCGGGUUUACGAACGUCCUGACUUCCAGGGACAGAUGAUGGAGUUUAGCGACGAUUGUCCCUCUGUCUAUGAUCGCUUUAGUCACCGUGAGGUCCAUUCCUGUAACGUGAUGGAUGGGGCCUGGAUCUUCUACGAGCAUCCCAACUAUCGCGGCCGUCAGUACCUACUGGAGAAGGGUGAAUACCGCCGGUACACAGAGUGGAACGCCAUGCAUCCUGGUUUGGGUUCUUUCCGCCGCGUCCAGGACUUUUAG